UGUACCCCAAUCUGUCAAUUUGCAAUCGAAUGAUUUUUUAACUUAAUUAUACAAUGACCGUAAAGAAACAGGUGGGUUUGUAGCUGUAAAAUGGAUUCGGACCGCGGCCACCCCAUCAUUAGCCUCAUGAACAAGAACCGGCGAUUUUGAUGCAUACCAGAGGUUUUGGGGCACAGUGAAAAGGAGUCGCGGGACUAGAUGCCGCGCGGGCGGCGAUUCUUUAAGGGGCGGUGCGAUGCUCAAUCUGGACCAGGAAGUAGGAGCUUGGGAUUCUGUGCUGCUUGAGCCACUGACUGAGGACACAUUCAUUUCCAACCUCCAGCAACGUUUCAAAAGGGACUACAUCUACACAUACAUUGGCAAUGUGCUGAUCUCCCUGAAUCCUUACAAAAAAUUGGCUUUGUAUUCCACAGAUUUGGUUGCUACAUAUGUAAAAAGAGGACCAUUUCAACUUCCACCACACAUAUAUGCAAUUGCAGGAUCUGCAUAUAGAUGGCUUAAUGAUAGAAAUGAGGACCAAUGUAUUGUUGUUACAGGGGAAAGUGGAUCUGGAAAAACAGAGGCUGCUAGAAUAGUAUUACAGUUUUUAGUGUUAGUUUCUGGUGAUAGUCCAGAGGUUAAAUUAGUUAAAGACCGUCUUGUUCAGGCCAACACACUUUUAGAGGCAUUUGGAAAUGCCCGUACUAUGAAAAAUGAUAAUGCUUCAAGAUUUGGUAAAUUUUUGGACAUAGAAUUUGAUUUUAAAGGAGAUCCAAUUGGAGGCCAAUUAACUAAUUAUUUUUUGGACAAGUCUAGGGUGACCAAGUUAGCUUCAAGUGACAGAAAUUUUCAUAUAUUUUAUCAACUGUUGUCUGGAGCUGAUAUUCAGUUGCUGAAAUGUUUAAAACUUCAACGCAAUGUUGAGCAUUACACAAUUUUGCAAACUGAAGGCAACCAGUCCACCCAGACAGAUGAAGAAGAUAGAAAACUAUUUAUAUAUACAAAGAGUGCGUUGGAAGUUUUAGGUUUUACUGUUAACGACAUUGUCGAUAUUUUCCGUGUUAUUGCAGUUGUUUUGAAACUAGGUAAUAUACAGUUUGUGCCUUGUAAUAACAUAGAUGGUACAGAUGGAUCUAAUAUAAAUAAUGAAUUCGAGCUAUUUGAGAUAUGCGAACUACUCGGCGCGGAGCCUCGAUGGCUGCAACGUGCACUAACAAGCCGCCAAAUUGAGGAAGGCAUCAUGACCGACCUGAGCGCCGCCGAUGCCUCCCGAGUGCGCGACAUCCUCUGCCGAACCCUCUACAGUCGGCUGUUCACUUGGUUGAUCUACAAGAUCAACGAAGUGAUCAAAGCCAAAACACUUGGUAAAAGGAAGGUUAUUGGAGUGUUAGAUUUAUACGGGUUCGAGGCUUUCGAGUACAACGGUUUCGAACAAUUAAUGGUGAACUAUUGCAACGAGAAGUUGCAUCAGUUCAUCACGGCGGUCACCCUAAAGGACGAACAAGAGGAAAUGAUCAAAGAGGGACUCGAAUGGACGAAAGUCGAGUUUUUUAAUAAUAUAGUUAUAUGUCAAUUGUUAGAGCACGAGAGCCACGGCAUAUUGUCGUUGUUGGAGGAACAACACGUUCAAAACGAUGAUGCAUAUCUGACAAGAGUGGAACAAUGUUGUGCUGGCCAUUCACAUUGUUUAGCAGCUGACGCCACACUGCCAUUAUUUAGUUUUCAAAUUCGUCACUUUGCGGGAUCCGUUACCUACAAAGUGCACGGCUUCGUCGAAAAGAACCGCGACAAUCUACCCCGCGAGGUUUCGAGAGCGAUGUUCCGCUGUGACCAUCCCCUCAUGCAGAUGCUGUUCCCCGAGGGCAAUCCGAAGAGGUGCAUCGUCAAACGGCCCAUUUCCAAAUCGGUCCAGCUUCAGGUCGCCCUGAACUCGCUGCUGAAGAGUUUGCACGCCAGACAGUCGCACUACAUCCGAUGUCUCAAGCCCAACGACCUCAAACAACCCAGGAUACUCGAACUCGCCCUCAUUCAGCACCAAGUACGGUAUCUCGGUUUGAUAUCUACCGUUCAGGUGUGGAGGCAGGGCUUCUGUUAUCGAUUGCCCUACCUGCAGUUCCUGAGCCGCUACAAAAUGAUUUCGGGCAAUACUUGGCCUAGGUGGCGCGGCUCACCCAUUGAGGGUGUGUCGGUGCUGCUGCGUUCGGUGCCGAUACCCAGUGCCGAAUUCACGUUCGGACGCACGAAGCUGUUCGUACGCAGUCCCAGGACCGUUUUCGAGCUGGAGGACUUCAGAAGGGCGCGUCUUCAUGAUUUGGCGCUGCUUAUACAGAAGGUUUGGCGUGGAUAUCGGCAGAAGAAACACUACAGGAAGCUGCGGCACAGCCAGAUGGUCAUUUCUUCGGCGUGGAGAAGUUGGCGAGCUCGGGAAGAAUUUCGGAUACUAAAACAUCGAAAACAAGUCGAAUGGGCUGCCAGGGUUAUACAAAGGCAUUACAUCCAAUGGAAAAGAAGACAAUACCUUUUGCAAUUAUACAGACUGCUGCCGGCCGAUGCGGACUCGCCCAUGUGUCGCGAUUGGCCUACGUCGUAUCCGAAGCUGACGGAAUGUAGUGGUUUGCUGCGCAAAAUUCACCAUCGCUGGCGGUGCCAUAAGUACCGUAUGAAGUUCGACCAAACGGCCAGGAACCGGAUGAGGGAGAAGGUUACUGCCAGUUUUAUUUUCAAAGACAGGAAAUGCUCAUAUCCUAGAAGUGUAUCUCAUCCUUUUCUUGGCGACUACGUCCGUUUGAGACAGAACGUACAAUGGAAGAAAAUGUGUUUGGAAAGUAACGACCAAUAUGUAGUUUUUGCAGAUAUUAUUAAUAAGAUUACGAGAUCCAGCGGGAAGUUUGUUCCUAUCCUUUUGGUGAUUUCAACGAGAUCAAUGUUAAUAUUGGACCAACGAACGCUUCAAAUCAAAUAUCGAGUGCCAGCCACAGAAAUCUAUAGGAUGUCCCUUUCACCGUUUUUGGAUGAUGUAGCAGUGGUACACGUUAGAGCUUCAUCGGUAGGCAACCCGGAAACAUCAAGCGCAACAUCUGACACAACCGGAUGCCUAUUUCAGAGCGAUUUGAGCAAGAAGAAGGGCGACUUCGUGUUUCAAACUGGCCACGUCAUCGAAAUCGUCACCAAGCUUUUUCUCGUCAUACAGAACGCCACCGGUAAACCCCCCGAAGUAAACAUCACCACCGAGUUUGAGGCGAACUUCGGGUCGCAAACGGUAACGUUCACGUUUAAGUGCGGCAUGCCCGAAGUGCAGCCGGGUCAGAUCCGCGUGCUCCGCAAGGCGAACAAAAUGGAGGUGUACGUGUGACAUACCGCCAGACAUAUCCCCACGACCACCGCCGCACCGAUCACUGCCAUUCGAGUUUCGCCGCCGCCGACGUCGCUCUGUCCCUCGCUCCGCCGCCCUUCGACGACACAGUACGCGGUGGUACAUUGGUUUGAAUCGAUUCCUGGUUUUUGGUUUUCUUUGGUUCGAAAUUUUCGUGUUUUGUCAAGUAUAGUUAAUUAGAGACAAGUGUCUUUUGUUUGUUUAAUAAAAACUGAAAAUCAAAAACAUAUACCAAAUCGAAUACGAUUUGUAAAGUUAUAGUAGAAAUAAAGUGUAUAAAAGAACAUGCA